CGUUCACGAAGACGAAUUCGACAUUAUAUUAACGACUGACGUCUAACGAAUGAAGAACUAGCUUCAACAGCUUCAAUAGUUUUUGUCUCUCCCUUUUAGCAAAACAAGACUAUAGGCGCCGCUUUUUGGUGGAGGCGGCGCCGUCAACAUUGAAAUCUUAACCAAGCGGUAGUCUUUGAAAUAUCAUAUCUUUGAAAGUAUAUAUACCUAGUUCAUGAAGCUUGGACAUAAGGGUAAUCAAAUAUUACUGAACAUCCUUCCUGAGUUUCAGGUUACAUGAUCAAAUUCAAAGGUUAUUAUUUUAAGGUAAGCGAACUUUUAGCAUGUUAGGGGUAUUUAUUGAAUGGCCAUCAUAAAUUUAAAUAAAGUAGUGCGAUGGAAUGUACUUAUGAUUAGUGCUCUCGAAUUAUAAGCAGAGCCUUGCCCGGUGGUCCUGCACUAACAAGAGAUCUAAAAGCAAAAAUUUUACAUGUUGUACGUACUUUGAGUAAAUGAGACAAUGAUGCAUAUUAUGUGUAAUGGCUAUGUACCUGUUUUUAUUUCAGCUUUUCUGUCGUUUUAUUAACAAUUGCAAACGCAACCUUUAAUCGUGACGUGAUUGAAUAAAUAGAAAAUCAUACAUACAUAAUCCAAACUUUAUGUUAAUAAGAUAGAAAUGAGCUCGACAGAGGAUGGCUGAGUACAAGACAAGUAAAGCUAUACAAAUGGCGGUCAAACGAACACACCUCUCUUUGUGGAUCGUAUCUGCUUUUGUUUUCUACUUCUUUUCAGGGAUACGUGGUGAGGUUCCUGAUGAUACUGUCUACACCGAGUUGCACAAAGAUGUUAGAAUAGGAGACAGUGCAGUAUUGACAUGCCAUUUUCGAGGUUCACCAUUGGCUGUCUAUUGGAAGAAAGGUGAUAACCCAAGAAGCGCACCAAACCUUGUAUCAUGGAUUCCUUCUGAUGACGUCACCGGUUUAUGUGAAGGUCAAAGACCAUGUGAGAUCAUGGAGAUGAAUGAAAAUCGCUCCUUGGUCAUCAAAGAAGUCAGUAUGGCCGAACAAGGUCGAUACAUCUGCAGAGUUUCUAACUACAAGGGAAUUCUUAUACACAACUUCACAGACAUCAGACUGUUUUCUCCUCCUAUAGAACCCUACCCAAUCAUCAACCAGUGUCAGAGAAAGGAAGGUUCUUUGAAUUCUACUUCUCCAAAGGGUUGUAGGAUUUCAACCAACGCCACGAUUGUAACCAUCACCUGCUCGGCCUUCGGAUUCUACCCAGAUAUAAAUCUCUUCUUCCUUCAUGGGUUUUCAAAGGUGACCAAUUUUAAGAGUAUUGAGUGGGAAAAUAAAGACGGUUCUAAGAACAAAACCAUAUUGAUUGAAGCUACAGUCAGUGACAGGCCAUAUGUAUGUAUUGCGUCAGAUAUACCCGGUUCAAAAGAGGAGAGAGCGGGGGAGAUAUUCAUAGAUCCAUUCCGUUCAGAUGAGACAACCUCAGCCAAUCCCGAGAAGGAUGAUGGAAGUAGUGGCACAAAUCCAGCGAAGAUUGUGGUACCAAUCCUACUGAUACUCGCAGUCGCCACGACAGGCAUGGUAUUCUUGUGGUGGAGAUCAAGGAAACGGCUAGCAAGAAGUCACAUAGGUAAACGUGAUGUCGAGGAGGCAGAGCUAUUAAUGCAAAAACUGAAGGUACAGGGGGUUGUCUCUUUUUAUGAACUGUGGCUACUGGCUUAUGACACUCCGAAUGAUGAGAUGGCAAAUGUAUACGCUGCUCUUGUUAAGCUUGGUAUUACCAAUAUCAAGGGACAAAUGGGUAGAAGACUUGUGUAUGAUACUCUUUGUAAAUGGAAAGAGAGAUCAUAUGCACCUGACCAACCACAGAUGUUAAGAGAUGCCUUAGAGGAAGUGGGCCUUGAUGGUACAUGGCAAGUUAUUUAUGAACAAGUGCGACAGGUCAAUUAUUCUACCAAAGUACCUGAAGGAACAUUCGAACAAAUCCUGCUUGACCUAAAAGAAAAAAAAGGAAUAAAUAAAUUCCUAAAUAACUUGUUUCCACGAGAAAAUAUAGUCACAGAAAUUGAGACAAUCAAUGACUCCAAUCACUCUGAAGAGGGCAAUAAGAACGUGGAAAACUCAGCUCCCGCCAAAGAAGUCAGUGACACCCAUGACGGUCAAGAAAAGAAGAAAAACACAGCUCCGGCCAAAGCAAUCAGUGCUACCCAUGACGGUCCAGAAAACAAGGAAAACACAGCUCCGGCCAAAGCAAUCAGUGACACCCAUGACGGUCCAGAAAAGAAGGAAAACACUGCUCCCGCCAAAGAAGUCAGUGACACCCAUGACGGUCCAGUAAACAAGGAAAACACAGCUCCGGCCAAAGCAAUCAGUGACACCCAUGACGGUCAAGAGAACAAGGAAAACACAGCUCCGGCCAAAGCAAUCAGUAACACCCAUGACAGUCAAGAGAACAAGGAAAACACAGCUCCCGCCAAAGCAAUCAGUGCUACCCACGACGAUCAAGAAAACAGAGAAAACACAGCUCCCGCCAAAGCAAUCAGUGACACCCAUGACCUUCAAGAGAACAAGGAAAACACAGCUCCCUCCAAAGCAAUCAGUGACACGCAUGACGGUAAAGAAAACAAGGAAAACAUAGCUCCCGCCAAAGAAGUCAGUGAUAUCCAUGACGUUGACCAGAACAAGGAAAAGUCAGCUUCCGGCAUGCGAAAGUUAAAGGAAUGGAAUAAAGGUCCUUUCAAACAGAAUCCGUUUGUUCUAGUCAGUCUUGCUCUGGAGAGAGCAGGUUAUCUCCAUAUCUCCCAGACCUUCUUUGACGGCCCUGUAUCAUUUUACGAGCUUAGAUCAUUGAUGUACGACGUAAAUACACCUAGCCUAGAAAAGUUAAGAAAAACAAUUUGCGAGCUAGGAAUCGACGAGACAAGUGCAAAUAACUUUGGUCCACAACAAAUCUACGACUAUCUGUGUCAGUGGAAAGAUGGACACCCCCAGGUAGAUCAAGGAAAACUAUUACAUGACGCGCUUUUAAGAGCCGGUCAUGAGGAAGCCUGGUCGAAAGUCUUAGAACAAAGGAAGGAAAGAUCAGAUGUAUCUGAAAGUACGUUCAAGAAGAUACUCUGUAAUGUCACAGCCCCAGCAGUGAUACAGCAGCUCCUGAAAAGGCUAGACCCAGACAUAGCUGGAGAUUUGGAUACCUCACUGGAGACAGAUGUUACGCCAAAAGCCUUGGAAGCAAUGAAGGAAUGGAAUGAAAGACCUCUCAAUGAAAAUAGAAUGAUCGUGUUAAGCCGUGCCUUGGAGAAAGCUAAAUGCAGGCCGAUUAACAGGACUGUUCUCUACGAAACUAUGUCAUAUUUUGAGCUGUGGUCAAUGGUUCAUUUCGACUUUGAUACUAAUGUGAUAACGUUACCAUUACGUGAUGCUUUGAAGGCGAUGGGAGUACUAGGUAUAGAUGAGACAAUAAGUCGGCAUGAGGUUUAUCAUCUUCUUUGUAAAUGGAAGGAAGAACACUCUUAUUGCGACCAACGUCUGGUGUUCAAAGUUCACUUGCUUAACGAAGGACUUCACAAAGAAUGGGAAAAUUUCAGUGAUCUGAGGCUUGGAACAGACCGGAUCAUUUCUGAUGAAACACUGGAACAUAUUUUGUGGCACUUGAAAACUCCAGGAAAGAUCCAACAUUUUAUUCAUAAGCUGACCAAUACCGACCAAGAAUCAAUACCUGAAGAUUCAAAUCUACCAGAGAGCAUCAGGAUUGCUCUGACUAGAUUGGAGUUGUGGAAGAAGGGCCCCAUCAAUAUACAUCCGGUGAUUCUAUUAAGCGAAGCGCUGGAAUCAGCAAAAUGCUCUAACGUUGCCAUGACCUUUUUUCAAGGUAAUUAUAUGAAAGAACGAAGGUUCAGUCUUGUCCUUUUAUUCAAGCAUGCAUAGAUGAUAUCAGAUAUCACAUUUGCAAAAAACAAACAAACACAAAAAACGCCUACCGGAGGUGUGGUCCAGGAAUAUUAUAUAUGAAAAAAAAUAUCAGAAAGUUAAAUGAGCAACUAGACCAAAAGCUUCAGUCUCUGUAUUUUGGUUGUUCCGCUGAACUGCGUUGGCUUCUCUCUCCAGUACAUAGACUGAAGUAUUGUUGGCUCAUACGUAAAGACAACGUUUUAGCAGUAACGUUAGAUCUGAAAUUCGGCGGAAACCCGAUUUUCGGAUCGUUUUUUGUACAUCGACAUAAAAUUUCACAUUAAAAAAAUAAAUUUCAUCCAACCAAGAAAAUAUAUAAAAUUAAGAAAUUUUUGUACCUUAGACCGCAUUUACCGCAAAUUCCUUUCAAAUGCUGAUCAAAACAUAAUCAACCUCAGUGGCGGAUCCAGGGGGUGGCGCAGGGGGCGCGCGCCCCCCUCUAAUAUUUGAGCGGCGCCGAAGGCGCCGCUCAAAAAAAAAAAAGUAAAGUAAAAGAAAGAAAAGGUGCUGCUU